AUGCUGCUCCCUUGCCUCCUCCUGUCGCUCGUCACGGGGUCCUUCACGUCGAGGAUCAUCCAGAGUGCGGGCGACCCGGACUCCCAUCUCGAGUCUCUGAGGGGCAUCGUGGAAGGGCCUCUGGCAGGGUGGAAUGCGGUGCUCUACCUCGACCCCAGUCUGGAGCCGCCGGUCUGGGAAUGCGUCCGAGGUCUUCUCGCCGGCCGGAACGCAUCCCACGUCUUGGUCGACCUGGGGUCGGACGGGGCCCUGUGGUCGGAGGGGCAGCCGGUGGACCUGCUGCGGGGGGCCUUCAUGGUCCACGUGGUCGUGUUCCAAGACGACCCAAGACCCUUUUUUGAGGCGGUCUCCCUCCAGUGGAAUCCUCAGUACCUGCUUUUCUUUAGCGUGUCGAACGAGACCAAAAAGGCCUUGCUCUUGGACGACACCUUCAAGGGCGUCGAGAGACUACUCCUUGUAGAGAAGACCUCCUUGAAAGACCCAGGAAGUGAACCAACGUCAGGAAUGUUUACCUCGUUUCCGUUCGAAGCGAGAAAAAUCAAGCUCAUUGGCAGCUGGGACGACGCGGCCUUUCCCUCGAGGGAAGACCUCUUCGUCGACCGCUUCGAGUCGUUCAGAGGUUACGAGUUCCAGCUCGGCACUUCGCUGGACGAUUACCCUUACCUCUAUAAGUCGAAGACGAAACCAAAGGGUUACGGCGACGGCGUGGAGGUUGAGAUGCUCGACGCCAUGGCCAGAGUGCUCGACUUCAAGUACAACUUAACGGCUGAGGCGCCGGACCGGAAGUGGGGGGCCUUCGAGAACGGCUCGUGGACGGGGAUGCUGGGGAUGGUGCACCGCAAGGAGAAGAACUUCACUGUCAACUACUUCAGUAUCACAGGUGAGAGAGUCGACGCCUUCGACGCCUCCGUGUCCUACUGGAUGGAGGGUUUCGGGAUGUCGAUGCUGUCUCCGCCGCCGCUUCCGAAGUGGAGGGGCGUUUACUAUCCCUUCACACCCUCCGUGUGGCUUGCCCUCACCGUCACCUUCGUCCUCGUCUUGAUCAUCAUGUCAGUCCAGGACAACAUGCAGCCGGUGCCCUUUCUGGGCGGCGUGGGCUCGACGUGGCCGUACCUCCUGCGGGCGAUGUUCAACAACAGCAUCCCGCGCCUGCCGAAGGCCCAGUGGCAGCGCCUGUUCGUGGGGACCUGGUUGCUGUACUGCUUCAUCGUGAGCAGCGCCUUCACGGCCAACCUCGUCGCCUUCCUCACCAUCCCGAUCUUCCCCGAGCGGAUCCAGACCGUCAAAGAGCUUGCGAAAAGCGAUUACAGGUGGGUGUGUAUGUUCGACUACGGGGAGUUCGUGCCCGGGGCCCUGAGGUCGUCCCAGGACCCUCACUACAAGGCCCUCGGGGAGAAGCUGGACCUCUUCAGUGCCUAUGGUGCCUGCGUGAAAGGCAUGCGUGAAAGAACACAUGCCAACAUCGAAAGCUAUUCUUAUAAUCUUAUUCUCCUCUUUGUGGACUAUAAGGUAAAGAACUCGUACAUGUUAAGUGAGCAGCUGUACCCCAGUUACUUGUGCUGGUACUUCCAAAAGAACACAGCCUGGAAGUACAAGUUCAAUCAUGGGUUACGACGUCUUGUGGAAUCCGGUCUGGUCGAAUACUGGGUCAAGAUCAAAACCGAAGACUUCCUCGGCCGUGGCUUCGAGCGCAGGCAGCAGCUGCAGGACACGGAGCGGGACAUCCAAGCCCUUAGCCUCGAGCACCUGCAGGGCGUGUUCUUCCUCCUCGCCAUGAGCUGGGCGGCGGGCGGCCUCGUGUUCGCCGCCGAGGUCCUGCGGCACCGCUGCCCUAUGCGUGUUACCAUUGCUCUUCGGCGGCCCUCUGCUGGAAACUCUGAAAACACGUAA